AUGUUUUACUCCCAUCAGCUCCAAUCCAUAUACAAGCAGGACAUGGAGAAUUACCCUCAGCUGGAGGAUCUGAAGGGCCAACUGAAAGGACGUCUGCUAUCGGAUUCGGUAGAAACCCUCGAGGAUUUGGAUUGGAAUAGAGUGGUGUUAUUAGAUAUGGAUGCAGAAGAAGAAUUGAAAACCGAAGAUGCUGAGCGGUUUGACGCUGUACUCGUUGGGGGAAU